AUGGCAAUGGCUAACAAUAAAAGAAAAUGUCAUACAUGUGAUCGAGAAAACAAUACAUAUACUUGUGAGGGAUGUUCAAAAAGAUUUUGUUCUACACAUAUACCAGAACAUCAACAAAGAUUAAUUGAUGAAUUAAAUCAUAUUAGCCAUGGUUAUAAUGAAUUUAAACAAAGAAUAAAUGAACAAAAACAAAAUCCACAAAAUCAUCCCUUAAUAAAACAAAUCGAUCAAUGGGAAACAAAUUCAAUCGAAAAAGUUCAACAAAAAGCCCAAGAUUGUAGAGAAAUUAUCAUUGAAUUUUUACGAACAUUUAUUAAUGCUAUUGAAAUGAAAUUCAAUGACUUAAAUAGACAAAUACAACAACUUCACAAAGAAAAUGAUUUUAAUGAAAUUAAUUUAAACUAUUUAAGAAAUCAACUGAGGAAAAUUACAGAAGAAUUAAAUAAUCCGUCAAAUAUUUCUAUUCAACAAAACUCACAACCGUGUAUUAAUGAUAUUUCAAUUAUUUCAACAAAAAUAUCAAAAUUUAACAAAUGGAAACAAAAUGGCAUCACUGUGGCUGGUGGAAAUGGAAAAGGAAAGAAAUUAAAUCGAUUCAAUUUUCCUUAUGGAAUCUUUAUUGACAAAAAGAAAAAUAUUUUCAUUGCUGAUCUUGGGAAUGAUCGUAUUGUUGAAUGGAAAUAUAAUGCAAAGAAAGGACAAAUUAUUGCAGGUGGAAAUAGGCUAGCAAAUCGAAUGAAUCAGUUGAAAUAUCCAACAGAUGUGAUUGUUGAUCAACAAAAUCAUUCGAUCAUCAUUGCCGAUUGGUGUAACAGCCGAGUGAUUCAAUGGAUUAAUCGAAAUCGACAAAUUCUCAUUCCGAAUAUUGGCUGUUAUGGCUAA